UGUUUCCAUAGGUUGCUGGACUUGAGCCGACGCGUAGAUAAGGGUGAUCGACGCAGCCUCGAACAGUGCGCCCUCCAUCUGGCCCGGUUGGGCGAGUUCGCAUUUGCAGCCGACUGCUAUGCUCGCCUUGGUGACACGGAACAACAGUUGGCCGUCUAUGUGGAAGCCAAGCAAUGGGAAGAGGCAUUCGCUCUUGUUGAACAACAUCGUGAAUUGAAGGUUAAUCUAUACCUGCCCUAUGCACAAUGGCUGGCGGAACAUGACAAGUUCGAGGAAGCACAGGCUGGUGAGUUAUUUUAUGCGUUAAGCCAUGCCAAUCCCUAUUAUAUCUCAACCAAUGUUGUUCUUGUCAAAAAACUCGAAAUGCUUUUCUAUUAUUUGCCUUAA